AUGUACCGAGCUCUGAACUCCGUGACGGCAAAGGCGUCUCAUCGACAGCAGUAUAUUGUUGACAAAGCAGAACGAGUCACCCUCGUAUCUGAAACCUUUGUUCACUGCCAGUUUUGUCAAUGCCUUCCAUGUCGAAACUGUGCUGAAGAGUACAGCGAAUGCUCACUCUUCAGAGAACGAGGCUUCUUCCGACAUUUCUUGUUUGGCUUCAUAGCAAUAGUUUGCCCUUGA